UUAACAUGGCGUCCAGCUAUGGUAGCUGUUUUGAUCAGGGCCGUGGAUUAGAAAACCAAAAUACAAAGCAGGAAGAUGAAGGUGAUAUAGCCACAAUUUUGGGGUGCUAAAACCUGCAUAUUAAUACAGUAAGGUUUUCAUUGGACUGCCUGCUUUCCUAGCUUCUGAUCAUCCUUUGAACCGAGUAGUUACUAGUUUGCUUCAUUCCGAGUGAGAGAGGAAGAAGACGGGAUCAAGGAAUGGAGGGGACAACCUCCCCCGUAAAAUCAGUCAAGCCCUCUCGCUGUGAGGCCAGAGCCAAAGCUUCAUCCUCUGCCAGCAGUAGUCCCCUAAAAGAGGCUUCAGGGCAGAGAGAUAGCCCUGGCCCCAAGCUUGCCAUGGCCUGUCAGACCAAGGAGAACACCACAACCAGAGAAGACGACAAGACCCAAGGCAGUAAGCGUGGGACAGGAGCAUCCAGGGCCUCCACAAAUGGCCCUCAAGACCCAGGGAAAGUGAAGCCUCGUCGACUGACUGGGAGGACCAGUUCUGGGGAGAGGGUGAAGGGGAAGGUUGGACUGGGAGGACAGCUCCAGCAGGGUGGUGAUUCUAAGCCCUCAUUGGCUACAGAAUGCAACCCUGGUGGUGGAGGAACAGGGGUGGCUACGGUGGCCUCCUCAUCUGAAGAAUGCCUUACUCCACAGACCAAACCAGGUCCAGUGAAGAAGUCACCUGGUGAUAUGGCAGGUGCUUUGGUGGGCCCAAAGCAGCCUGCUGUGGAGGUCACUGGUGUAGGGUCAGGGGUCACUGAGACGGGUCAGGGUGGAAACAUGACCUCUGAACAGAAGCUGGGUCUCAGACAGGCUGAGGAGCGCCUCUACAGAGACUACAUACAUAGACUGAUCAAGCAAUCUCCAGACUAUCCCAACUACCAGUAUCUAUGCAAACUGUGUUCUGUACACAUUGAGAACGUACAGGGGGCGCACAAACACAUCAAGGAGAAAAGGCACAAGAAGAACAUCAUGGUGAGAGAAAAAGAGAAGCAGGAGGAGAACGAGCUGAGGGCACUGCCUGCCCCAUCUGCAGCCCAGAUCCGAGCUGUUGACGCCGCCGUCAUCCACGUGGCCCAACAGCACGGCAUCUCCGACCUGGACUUCCUGGUGCGCCAGGAAGUAGUCACUAAGAUGGAGGCGAUCAUACAGCAGCACCUCUCAGUUUGUUCCCUUCGCCUCUACGGCUCCUGUCUCACCCGAUUUGCCUUCAAGACAAGUGACAUCAACAUUGACGUCACCUACCCCUCCACUAUGACCCAACCAGAUGUGUUGAUACAAGUGCUGGAAAUCCUGAAGAACAGCACUCACUUUUCUGAGGUGGAGUCUGACUUUCACGCCAAAGUUCCGGUGGUGUUUUGCAGAGAUGUCAACAGUGGGUUGAUGUGCAAGGUGAGUGCCGGUAAUGAUGUAGCCUGCCUCACCACCAACCACCUGGCUGCCCUGGCUAGACUGGAGCCCAGACUGGUGCCUCUGGUACUGGCCUUCCGCCUCUGGGCCAAGCUGUGCCACAUUGACUGCCAGGCUGAGGGGGGCAUUCCCUCCUACUCCUUCUCCCUCAUGGUCAUAUUCUUCCUCCAACAACGGAGAGAGCCCAUCCUCCCUGUCUACUUCGGCUACUGGAUUGAAGGCUUUGAUGUAAAGCACGUGGAUGAGUACCAUCUGACGGGGAUAGAGAUGGAUAUAUUUGUGGGGUGGGAGCACAGAGCCCCUAGUACAGAGGGGAGAGGGGACGGCCGGGGGGAAGGAGGAAAGGCCAAGCCGGUGCAGAAGAAACCUGUUGUGAAGAACCGGCACACUGAGGGGAUGACACGUCUGGCCCUAGAUCUGGGUAAGGGGGUGUCCCUGGGCCAGCUGUGGCUGGAGCUGCUGAGGUUCUAUACUUUGGAGUUUGCCCUGGAGGAACACAUCAUCAGCAUCCGCCUCAAAGAGCUCCUGUCCAGAGAGAUGAAAAACUGGCCCCGGCGGAGGCUUGCUAUCGAGGAUCCGUUUGCCCUGAAGAGGAACGUCGCCCGCAGCCUGAACAGUCAGAUGGUGUUUGAGUACAUCCAGGAGCGCUUCCGCACAGCUUACAAAUACUUUGCCUGCCCGCAGAGUGCGGACAGAAUCCCCGGUGGGUGCCAGAGAGCCAAGAAGACCGCCAAACAUGGUGGGAGGAAACAGGUGGAAGGACUGUCUGAGAAGGGUGCAGAUGUAGAGAUCAAAAUAAACUGUCUGAACGUUCUACGGUCUGCGACAAGAUACGAUGAGGAAGGCGAUGGUGGGGGUGAUGAAGAGCUCGAAGCAGAUCCAUCUCUGGAGGAGAGGGCAUUGAACAGUGGCCUUACGGACUUGGUACUCAGUGAGGGCGGCAGUUCAACUGAUGGGUCUGGACCUGAGCCUGGUGACGUGAAGCAUUCCUCCGCAUCCCAUUUGAUACAGAACGGCCUGCUGGACAGUGAUGAAGAGGAAGAGGAGGAGGAGGAGGAGGAGGAGGAGAAGCAGGGACAUAUUGCACCUGAGGACCUGCACUAUGUCUUUGACAGUAUGAUCUUCACCGGCGGAAAACCUCCUACGGUGGUGUGCAGCAUCUGUAAGAGAGACGGCCACCUGAAGGACGAGUGUCCAGAGGACUUCAAGAAGAUCGAGCUCAAGCCGCUGCCGCCCAUGACCGACCGCUUCUGUGCCAUACUGGAUGGUCUUUGUAGACUCUGCUACCAGGAGCUGUCCCCUUCUGUUGGAGAGCAGCAGAAGAGAGAGCAAAUUUUGGCCAUUCUGGAGAGGUUUAUAAGAAAGGAGUACAAUGACAAGGCCCAGCUGUGUUUGUUUGGCUCCUCCAAGAACGGCUUUGGUUUCCGUGACAGCGACCUGGACAUCUGCAUGACCCUAGAGGGCCAUGACACAGCAGAGAAGUUGAACUGCAAAGAGAUCAUUGAAGGCCUGGCCAAAGUGCUAAAGAAACACACAGGUCUGAGGAACAUCUUGCCUAUCACAACAGCCAAAGUGCCUAUUGUGAAGUUUGAACACAGGCAGAGUGGACUGGAGGCAGACAUCAGUCUCUACAAUACUCUGGCUCAGCACAACACCAGAAUGCUGGCGACCUACGCGGCUCUAGACUCUCGUGUGCAGUUCCUGGGAUAUACCAUGAAGGUGUUCGCAAAGCGCUGUGACAUAGGUGACGCAUCUAGAGGAAGUCUGUCGUCCUAUGCCUACAUCCUGAUGGUGCUCUACUUCCUCCAGCAGAGAGAGCCCCCUGUCAUCCCUGUUCUCCAAGAGAUCUUUGAUGGACAGACUGCACCACAGAGGAUGGUGGAUGGUUGGAAUGCUUUCUUCUUUGAUGACAUUGAGGAACUGCGUCGUCGUCUACCGCAACAGCAGUGCAACAGUGAAUCUGUGGGGGAGCUCUGGCUGGGCCUGCUCAGGUUCUACACUGAGGAGUUUGACUUCAAGGAGCAUGUCAUCAGCAUUCGCCAGAGAAAACGGCUCACCACCUUCGAGAAGCAGUGGACCUCAAAGUGCAUCGCUAUCGAAGAUCCAUUUGACUUGAAUCACAAUCUUGGUGCUGGAGUUUCUCGUAAAAUGACUAACUUCAUCAUGAAGGCCUUUAUCAACGGCCGGAAGCUGUUUGGUACUCCCUUCUACCCCCAGCCUGGCAUGGAGGCGAGUUACUUCUUUGACCCCAAGGUGCUAACAGAUGGGGAGCUGGCACCUAAUGAUAGGUGCUGUCGAAUCUGUGGCAAGAUUGGCCAUUACAUGAAAGACUGUCCCAAGAGACGCAGGUACACUGGGAGAGAUCAUCAGGGGAUGAAAAAGAAAGAGAACGAGAAAGAGGAGGAUGUGAAAGAGGGAGAAGAGCAUGAACCACGAGAGCGUCGUUGUUUUCAGUGUGGUGACAUGGGUCAUGUACGAAGAGAUUGCCCAGAAUACCGCCAUGUUAGACAAAGAGUUUCAGCGGGACCAGUUCCCCACAUGGUGCGAGCCAUGGUGAGCUCCCAGUCCAUCCCCAUUCCUCCGCCUCCUCAGGAUCGCCCUGGGCGCACCAGACAACCUUCUGAAUGUUCUGAUUCCCGCCAGACUCCGCCCUACUCCCCUCAGCCCGCCCCGUUCUCCCAGGUUUCCAGCCAAUCCUCCAGUUCCCCCCAGUCAUCAUCCUCCAAGACGUCCACCGGUGGGGGGGCCCCCAAGCAGACCCAACACCCCCAGGUUCCCCUCUCUCUAUUCAGCUUCCCUCCAUCCCACUCUCACCCGGGCCAGUACCACCACCCUGGAGCUCUCACUGCUCUGGGGCUGCUGCCGUCCCACCCCAGCAAACACCAGCACCAGUCCCAUCACCAACACCACCCUUCCACCUCCUGGCCCAUCCAUGGCCCUGUCCUCCAGACCCCCAACAGCCCUGGAGGGCCCUCCCCACCCGGCCUCAAAUUCCCCUUGCGCCAGGCUCCAGGGCCGGGGAACGGGAAUGCAGGGCCAGGGGGCUCCCCGGUGGGAGGCGCCCCAAUGAACCUCAACGACCCCAGCAUCAUCUUCGCCCAGCCGGCGGGGAGGCCGAUAGGCCUGGGAGGAGGGCCGGGCCGGGAUGGGCACUGGCACAACCACCUGCCACAGCAGGGGGCACUGGUGGCUAACGGCACUGUGGGCAAGUCAGACCCAGCCUACCAGACCCAGUUCGGAGGUGUGAGCCAGCAGGGCUCUAGGACCUGGGAGCACGGCAACGCAGCUAACUACUCUCUAUCCCCGUCCUGGCCCUACCGCAUGCCACAGAACUUCAUCCAGCAGGGCAAUGGGGGUUACCCACAACCCGGGAAACCCUUCAUGUCCCAAGGUUCUGUUGUGCACCCUAAUCAACAUUUCCUAACCCACGGACGACAUCAUGUCAACCUCAACUACAUCCAGCAGAAGAAAUGAAUUUGGAACUCUGAACUCUACUCCCAUAUCUCCAUUCAAUUAGGUUGUAUGGUCUUUCACCACGACAAAACAAAAACGAUAUAAUCUAACUUUGCAUCAUUUGGUCACAACAGUACUUUUUAAAUGAAUUUUAUCAUUUUUGUACAGUUUUUAUGUUUCUUUUAAUCUUUUUCUCAUUACAUUGAUUUGUGAUACAAAUGUCAAAUAUUUUAAUACCCCCAUUUUUGAAGGGGUCCAAAAAGUGUUUUUAUUUUAUUGUGUAAAGUAAGGAGGUCAAAAUGAUUCUUUAUUUUUAUUAGCUGUAUUCAUACUUUGCUUGCGUAAGGAUAAAAGCUUUGAAUAGACAUUUGUUAAAAAAAUUACUGUAACAUGCCCACCCCUAUCCAAUUAUGUAGUGCCAAAAAGACCUAUAAGGGGAAAAACUGAAUAAAAAUCGAAACAUGAAAAGACCCCCCAAAAAAGUAAGUAAAAGUAAACAAACAACAUUUGUUUUUUUGUGGUUAUUCCUUGACUGCAUUCAUCAAAUUUCAGGGAGCGAUUAAGAAUAAUCUGGGAUUUAAAGCAAUUUUAAAUAAGUAAUCUGUUUCUGGUUGUUGUUGUUUUUUUUUUUAAGGGCAACUGAACUCACUGAUUUCACCUUGUUUUGAAACUUGAACAUUAAGAAAUGCAGCAGCCAUGAAUGAAUUCAAAUGAUUGCUGAAUUUGGGGUGUGGUUUCAUUUGGUUGUUUAUUAAAAUGCAUUCCUUUGCCUCCGUUUCCAA